CAAGCGUGAGCACAAUGACGUUACCGCACCGUGGGAUUAGGCUGACUGCAACGCAGCCGGCGCUGGGAAGAGCGUGUCGAUGUCUGCGGUUGUUGAGCAUCUAAAGACAUCGAAGGAGCUCUUUGCGUUUGCGUUUAUCUCUUAUCGCGAAGAACAAUCCCAGCGUUUGGAAAGUGUCCUGUCGGCAUUGGUUUACCAGCUCGCCACUCAGGCGAGGUGUUUCCACAACCAGCUAAAGAUAGCAUAUGAUCGGCGCGGGUCGGCUCUUUCUGCCUCUCGGAUCGUACUGUUCCAGUGUCUUGUGGAGAUGCUGAAGAGUGCGCCCAAGCGGGUGAUCAUUCUCAUGGACGGGCUGGACGAGUAUCCCAACCCCAGGCGCGCUGGGGAUUUUUUACCUUUCUUGCGGAAUUUUCAUGGGUGCAACAUCAACAACUUGCGUCUUUUGUUGGCGAGCCGACCGGAGCAGGAUAUCCAGCGUGUGCUGGAACCAAUAACGACUCAUCUGCUGGACCUUGAGGAGAAGGCAGGCAGUCGUAAAGGAGAUAUCUCGAGCUUCAUCAAGGCUCAGAUGGAGGAGCAUCAUCCGGAUUGGUCGGUUUCAGUUCGGGAAAAGGUGGAGAAGGCAUUGACUAGGGGGGCAAAUGGGAUGUUUCUGUGGGUAUCGUUGCAGAUGUUUCAUCUCUUGACGUGCGAAACGGGCGACAUCGAAAGACAGCUGAAAAACCUGCCUGCGGACGUCAAAGGGACGUAUGAUCGGAUGAUAGAGCGACUGCGGGUCGAUGUUUCGUCUUUCCAUCGCUCUCGGCGUCUUCUUGAUUCUGUGGCUGUUCAAACGUCCCCAAUCUAUAGCUUGCGUGCAUCAACAGCGGCAGCUAUCGCAAUGGUCGACCUGGACUGGGUGGCCAACGCUGGAAUACCACAGCCACCGGAUCCGUUUGAUGCCCGCGAUGUCAUCCGUCGGCGCGGCUCAUCAUUUCUUCAGAUUUAUGGAGACUCGGAGGUUGGAUUUGUGCAUUUUACAGCCCAGGAGUAUGUGCAGGGACUUGCGGAUUUCAACGAGAACGAGGCCUUGGCCACUCUUUUCACGGCGUUCACCACCGCGGCGGUGCUGAA